UCCAGCGUUCGCAAGGAAUGGCCUGCAAGACUGCAUGUUUUCUUUUCUCCGUCUAUUUUCCACGCUUCAUUAGGUCAUCACCCCACCCCUCUCCCUUUUUAACCAUUCCUUAGUUAUAUACUGAAAGACAGGAUUUAACCCUCAGAGAGUUGCCCUGGAUAUUUUCCCUCCUCCCAUAAUAUCCACUGAACAGAGUGAAAGCGAGCUUGGAAUGUGUAUGAUGUACUCUCUGUGAAGCCCCGGAUGUAGUCAGGAUGUGCUGUGAGAAAGAGGGAGGUAUAGAGGAUCAGUUACUUGCGUUUUAUUGUAAUAAUGGGGAUCAGGUAAUCGCCGUUUGUGGAACAAAAAAAUUGGCGUAUUUAAAUGGUGAAUGAAAAGGAGAGGAUGUAUAUUCCCGAGGAAAACCAUCAAGGCGCCAACUAUGGUAGCAGCCGAGCUGUAUUUGCCCAUGGCCUUUCAAAUACCAGGACGGACGGUCUGGCUCCAGAGCACAUCCCAAGUCCUGGAGCUGCCUUGUCGUGGCAGGCAGCCAUCGACGCGGCCAGACAAGCCAAAGCCGCUGCGAUGAUGGGCAACAACAUGGUCUCUACGGCCAACUCAACCCAAAGGAAAAGGCAACAGUAUAGCAAGCAGAAAAAACAAGCUAGCGCCGCGACCACACGUCCACCACGGGCUCUCUUCUGCUUGACUCUCAAAAACCCUUUGAGGCGAGCAUGUAUCAAUAUUGUCGAAUGGAAGCCCUUCGAAAUAAUUAUUCUCCUAACUAUUUUCGCUAAUUGUGUGGCCUUAGCCGUCUACAUACCUUUCCCUGAGGACGACUCGAAUGCAACCAAUUCCAAUCUGGAACGGGUGGAAUAUCUCUUUCUCAUCAUUUUCACAGUGGAAGCAUUUUUGAAAGUAAUAGCUUAUGGGCUUCUGUUUCACCCCAAUGCGUACCUCAGGAAUGGCUGGAAUUUACUAGAUUUCAUUAUCGUGGUUGUAGGGCUUUUUAGUGCUAUUUUAGAACAAGCAACCAAAGCAGAGGGAAUUAACCCAAUCGGAGGUAAAGCUGCUGGAUUCGAUGUCAAAGCUCUUAGAGCAUUCAGAGUACUACGACCAUUACGCCUAGUGUCUGGUGUUCCUAGCCUCCAGGUGGUGUUAAAUUCAAUCAUCAAGGCCAUGGUCCCAUUGCUACAUAUCGCUUUGUUGGUGCUGUUUGUAAUUAUCAUCUAUGCUAUUAUAGGAUUAGAACUCUUCAUGGGCAAAAUGCACAAAACCUGCUUGUUUAACGAAACAGAUACAGUUGCUGAAGAGGAACCCGCACCCUGUAGCUUAAAUAUUGGACAUGGUCGUCGAUGUUCAAAUGGCACAUUAUGUAAAAGUGGAUGGGUUGGCCCCAAUGAUGGAAUCACUAACUUCGAUAACUUUGCAUUUGCUAUGUUAACCGUAUUUCAGUGCAUCACCAUGGAGGGGUGGACUGAUGUCUUAUACUGGAUGCAGGAUGCCAUGGGCUAUGAGCUACCUUGGGUCUAUUUUGUGAGUUUGGUCAUCUUUGGAUCCUUCUUCGUUCUAAAUCUGGUUCUUGGUGUCUUAAGCGGUACCCGCUGGCCAUGGAAGGCCUUGAGUGCACUGGAGGAUGCCACUUACUCUUUCUCCCCAUGGACACCCAAGCAUAGAUUGAGCAUGCCCACUAGUGAAACUGAGUCUGUGAAUCACGAGAAUGUUGCUGGUGCAGAAUUAGAAGAUUUGAAUUGCUGCACUAAGGUUGGGCAUCGAAUUUCCAAGUCCAAGUUCAGUCGAUAUUGGCGAAGAUGGAACCGAUUUUGCAGGAGAAAAUGUAGAGCUGGUGUGAAGUCUAGUGUCUUUUACUGGCUUGUAAUAUUUCUUGUAUUCCUCAACACCCUCACCAUUGCAUCCGAACACUACAACCAGCCUGACUGGCUUACCCUAGUUCAAGACACUGCAAACAAAGUCCUUUUGGCACUUUUCACUGGUGAAAUGCUGCUUAAGAUGUACAGUCUUGGACUUCAAGCUUAUUUUGUAUCACUUUUUAACCGCUUUGACUGUUUCAUUGUCUGUGGGGGAAUCCUUGAGACCAUUCUGGUGGAGACCAAGAUUAUGUCCCCACUUGGUAUUUCAGUGCUUCGCUGUGUGCGACUUCUGAGAAUAUUUAAAAUUACAAGAUAUUGGAAUUCCUUGAGUAAUUUGGUAGCUUCCCUCUUGAAUUCAGUUCGAUCAAUUGCUUCUUUGUUGCUGCUCCUGUUCCUCUUCAUCAUAAUCUUUUCACUCUUGGGCAUGCAACUUUUUGGAGGAAAGUUUAAUUUUGAUGAGAUGGAAACAAAACGGAGUACAUUUGAUAACUUUCCUCAGUCCCUUCUUACUGUCUUCCAGAUUCUUACAGGUGAAGACUGGAAUUCAGUGAUGUAUGAUGGCAUAAGGGCAUAUGGAGGCCCAUCAUUCCCAGGAAUGCUGGUUUGUAUUUACUUCAUCAUCCUCUUCAUCUGUGGGAACUAUAUACUAUUAAAUGUAUUCUUGGCCAUCGCUGUUGACAACCUGGCUGAUGCUGAAAGUUUGACUUCUGCCCAGAAGGAGGAGGAAGAAGAAAAAGAGCGCAGAAAGCUAGCAAGGAACUCUAGCCCAGAAAAAUCAACUGAUAAUGAAAAGCAACCAGUAGAUGAGGAGAAGAAAUUAGAGAAAAUUGAACUGAAGACAAUCACUGCAGAUGGAGACAUGCCUCCUGCUACAAAGAUUGAAUUGGAAGACUAUCAAGUUAAGGACAAUGAAGAGAAGAAUCCUUAUCGUACCAAUGAAUUUCCAGGAGAUGAAGAUGAUGAUGAGCCAGAAAUGCCUGUAGGACCACGUCCUCGGCCACUCUCUGAACUGCAUAUAAAAGAGAAGGCUGUUCCCAUGCCCGAUGCCAGCGCAUUCUUCAUCUUCAGUACUACAAACAGGUUCCGGGUACUGUGCCACAGGAUCGUCAAUGACAACAUUUUUACAAAUCUCAUCUUGUUCUUCAUCCUCAUGAGUAGUAUUUCUUUGGCAGCAGAAGAUCCUGUCCACCAGAACACAAGAAGAAACCAAGUCCUUACCUAUGCAGAUUAUGUUUUCACGAGUAUCUUUACAGUGGAAAUCAUAUUAAAGAUGACCGCCUAUGGUGCAUUCAUUCACAAAGGCUCCUUCUGCAGGAAUUAUUUCAACAUACUUGACCUGGUUGUGGUUAGCGUCUCUCUUAUAUCGUUUGGAAUGGACUCCAGCGCAAUAGCAGUAGUAAAGAUUCUCAGAGUGCUGCGAGUAUUAAGACCUUUGAGAGCCAUUAACAGAGCAAAGGGAUUGAAGCACGUUGUUCAGUGUGUGUUUGUGGCCCUGAGAACCAUUGGUAAUAUUGUGAUAGUCACCACAUUACUACAGUUCAUGUUUGCUUGUAUUGGUGUGCAGCUGUUCAAGGGGAAGCUCUACACAUGCACAGAUGGAUCCAAACAGAGAGAGUUUGAAUGCAAAGGGCAGUAUAUUUUGUACAAAGAUGGAGAUGUAAAUCAGCCAAUGAUAAGUAAACGAGAAUGGAAGAACAGUGAAUUCAACUUUGAUGAUGUCCCCUCUGCAAUGAUGGCUCUUUUUACUGUCUCAACCUUUGAAGGAUGGCCACAGUUGCUUUAUCGAGCCAUUGAUUCUCAUACAGAGGAUGCAGGUCCAAUUUACAACUACAGAGUGGAGAUAUCGAUCUUCUUCAUCAUCUACAUCAUCGUUAUCGCCUUCUUCAUGAUGAAUAUUUUUGUAGGUUUCGUCAUCGUCACAUUUCAGGAACAGGGGGAACAGGAAUACAAAAACUGUGAACUGGAUAAAAAUCAGCGCCAGUGUGUGGAAUAUGCCUUAAAGGCUCGGCCUCUUCGGCGCUAUAUCCCGAAGAAUACUUACCAGUAUAAAGUGUGGUAUGUGGUAAAUUCCACCUACUUCGAGUACCUGAUGUUUGUCUUGAUUCUGCUGAACACAAUUUGCCUGGCAAUGCAGCACUAUGGCCAAUCACAGACCUUCAGUCAAGCCAUGGAUGUCCUUAAUAUGCUCUUCACCGGGCUGUUCACAGUUGAAAUGAUUUUGAAGUUAAUUGCAUUCAAGCCCAGAGGUUACUUUAGUGAUCCCUGGAAUGUUUUUGACUUCCUCAUCGUAAUUGGCAGCAUAAUAGACGUCAUUCUGAGUGAAAUCAAUCACUAUUUUUGUGAUGCAUGGAAUAUAUUUGACGCCUUAAUUGUUGUGGGUAGCGUUGUUGAUAUAGCUAUCACAGAGGUGAACAAUUCAGAUGAAAACUCCAGGAUUUCCAUUACGUUCUUCCGUCUAUUUCGGGUGAUGCGCCUGGUGAAGCUAUUAAGUCGAGGUGAGGGAAUCCGAACAUUGCUAUGGACAUUCAUCAAAUCAUUUCAGUGGGUGUCUUGGACUAAUGACUCGAGUCUUGGAGGGAUUGAGGGUUGUAAAACUCAGUUGCAAGCUGCAGAUCCAGAUUUUGUAAUGGGGCAUGUGCUAAUAAAUGGAAUAGAACUGAUUGGUACAGGGAGCUCUAUUCGGCUGGAUAAAGAUCUGGAUACUGCAGUCAAGAAGAUGGUUGGACUUGCAAAGACACAAGGGAUCACUGAACGGGAACGUCUUCAUGUAGAAGCAUUGGAUCUGUUUGCAAAAGGGGCUCUUCCAAAGGCAUGUAGGCUAUGGGAAGAAAUCUUAUUGUAUCAGCCAACUGAUAUCUUGGCAUUGAAGCUGGCUCACGAUACAUACUUUUAUAUGGGUCUCCCACAACAGUUAAGAGACUGUCUUGCACGGGCUGUUGCUCAUUGGACGCCACAAAUGCCACUUUAUGGAUGUGCUACAGGUGAGGCUUGGCAGGAGAUCAUGUUAUCUUGCCUCCCAGGAAAACAUUGUGAGAAAGAGCCAACACGUCAUGAAACAGAGCUUAACUGUGGAACCUAUUUUGCUUUCUUCUACUUUGUUAGUUUCUACAUGCUGUGUGCCUUCUUGAUCAUCAACCUCUUUGUAGCUGUUAUCAUGGAUAAUUUUGAUUAUUUAACCCGCGAUUGGUCUAUUCUUGGUCCACAUCAUCUAGAUGAAUUUAAGAGAAUCUGGGCUGAGUAUGAUCCUGAGGCCAAGGGUCGCAUCAAGCAUUUGGAUGUGGUUACUCUCCUGAGAAGAAUACAACCACCAUUGGGAUUUGGCAAGUUGUGUCCACAUAGAGUGGCCUGUAAACGCUUGGUAUCCAUGAAUAUGCCUUUAAACAGCGAUGGCACAGUCAUGUUCAAUGCAACUCUCUUUGCAUUGGUUAGAACUGCGUUAAGGAUCAAAACUGAAGGUAAUUUGGAACAAGCAAACGAAGAACUUCGAGCAAUUAUUAAGAAAAUCUGGAAACGUACAAGCAUGAAGUUGUUGGAUCAGGUCGUGCCACCAGCAGGAGAUGAUGAAGUUACCGUUGGAAAAUUCUAUGCCACAUUCUUAAUUCAGGAUUACUUCAGAAAAUUCAAGAAGCGCAAGGAACAAGGCAUUGUUGGGAAAGCAGUGCAGAAAAAUGCAUUGUCUCUACAGGCAGGUCUGCGUACAUUACAUGACAUUGGCCCUGAGAUUCGUCGUGCAAUAUCUGGGGACCUGACAGCAGAAGAAGAACUGGAAAAAGCGAUGAAAGAGGCUGCUUCAGCUGCAUCUGAAGAUGACAUUUUCAGGAGGGCUGGUGGUUUAUUUGGUAACCAUGUUGGCUAUUAUCCAAGUGAUUGUAGAGGCUCCUUUCCACAAACUUUCACCACACAGCGUCCUUUGCACCUCAAUAAAUCAGGAACCUCUCAAGCUGAAAUAGAAUCACCAUCCCAUGAGAAACUGGUUGAUUCAACGUUCACUCCAAGCAGCUAUUCCUCCUCUGGGUCAAACGCCAAUAUCAACAAUGCCAAUAAUACUGCAAUAUCCAGAUUCCCAAUUCCAGUCAACUACCAAAGCACCGUCAGCACAGUGGAUGGUCAUAACAAUUCUUUGACUUCAGCGCUUAUAUUGCAAGGCACAACAUGGAGGAUCAAUCCGAAAAGGACACAGUAUUAUGAAACAUUGAUACGUUCAGACUCUGAAGAUAGCAGUUUGCCAAUUAUUCAGCGAGAGGAAGCAUAUUCCGAUGAAAUUUAUGAUGAGAACUUCAAUGAAGAUCCUCAUUGCUGUAGGGAGGACAGCAUACUUUCUUCACAACUGAAUUCAUAUAAAGAGCAUGAUGAAAAACAGCUCACUCCAUCAGUGGAUUGCUGCAAGGAAAGUGAUAAAUGGACCAUGUCUCCUUCAAAGGGACUUCUUUCAGCAACAUCAUUAGGGAGAAGAUCAUCAUUUCACCUGGAGUGCCUAAAGAGACAGAAAAAUCAGGGCUUGGAAGUUCCUUGCACAUCUCCACUCUCUCAGAGGACAGCACUCCCACUACAUUUAAUUCAGCACCAGGCAUUGGCUGUUGCAGGACUAAAUCCACUGCUGAGGAGAAGCCAUUCUCCAACACAAUUUUCCAGAGUAUGCGACACACCUCCAACAACUCCACGUAGUAGAAGGAGGUUACAACAUCGUAUUCCAACAUUAUUUCUUGAUGGCAUUGAAUCCUACGAGAAACUAAACAGCAGCCUUCCAUCAGUAACCUGUGGUUCCUGGAACUCUGACAACUCAAGUGGAAAUAACAAAAAAGCCAGGCCAAUCUCUCUGAAUGUACCCUAUCCUUUCAGGGAAGCAGGAACAGAGUUUCAUGGCAGUGCCAGUAGUUUAGUAGGGGCGGUCCUGAUCUCAGAAGGGCUUGGUCGAUACGCACAAGACCCAAAAUUUGUUGCUGCAACAGCCCAUGAAAUUGCAGAUGCUUGCGAUAUGACAAUCGAGGAGAUGGAAAAUGCAGCAGGCAACUUGCUCAAUGGCAAAGCUAAGGGUAGCCCAAACGGUAAUCUGUUACCCUUUGUGAACUGCAGAGAUUACCAGCAACAGAAUAUUGUGCAAGAUUGCACAGAAGGAGGGCAGGACUGUGAAAAAAGUGACAAGGAAUUUGCAGAUGAGAUGAUUUAUGUCAUUUCAUGCAUUAUGAUGAGUUACAGUUUCAAAAGUUAAUCAUUUAUUUGGAACGAACUAGGACACGUUUUUAAAAGUGAAUCAAUAGAAGACUGAGAGGGAGAUGAAUAAGUAAGUAGCUGCCAUGAUAUCAAAGUUCAUGAAAGAGAGUUUCAUUUGUACUUUGUAAGCUCUUUUAAGUUUUAAUUCUUUCAUUGUCCCUGCAAGGCUACUGCAUUGGUUAAAACUGGUUUCCACUUUAAUGGAGUAUUCUUCCUUCCUUAGACUAUCGUUGUUUGUAUAUGGAGAAGUGUUUUCCUGAACAUAUUUGAGAGCUUAAAAUGAUAUGCCCACCCUAUCAUCUGCAGUUCAUUUAGGAUAUAUGCAAAUAGAACAAGGCAUUAUUAUUAUUUAUAAAAAGGAAAAAGAUGAGGUGCUAAGUAUAACUUUCAUUAUUCUUACAUUAAAUAUAGGUCAUCCGACAAGCUGAAUUUAGGAUGCCAUUGGUGUCUUUCCAGUGUGAACUGUAUGAACGUGGUAUUUAAUGGUACCUAUGCUAAUAUUAACUCUCCAUGAAGACUUGAUCUUUCAUAAACUAUCAAUAAAUUUUCCAGAUCAUAUCCCUCUUCAUGUAUGCUGACAAAAUAAUCUAGUAAGUUACACAAAAACAGGGGUUCCAAUGGACAGAAUCUUCCAUCAUGGAAUCAAGAGUCUGAUGCUGGCAUGGAAAUGAGCAGCAUUUCCUUUUGGAGGUGACUAGGUCUUUCUCACUUGAUCGGCUAGUUUUUGACUCAUUACAUAUUCAUGCACAAGGAGCUUAGUGAAUCUUAUGGGGCUGAUGGGUAGGCAGUUCUCAAGCUUUGAAGGUUUUUGCAGCAUUUCGAAAGGGCUCACAGACAUUGAUUUUCUGCAAUCAAGGAAUGUCACUCGAGCUCUCGGACUGGGCAUCAGCAGCCAAACACUUCCUUAAUCAGCCAGCAUUCCUUCCUCAGACAGUGUCCUACCCUUCUCUGGACAGAUGGCCUACUUCCUGGAGGGAAUCAUGCACUUCUCCAAGCAGUCUAACCUUUUUCACCAAACACCCUCCCUCCCCCUUCCAGCCUUUUUGUACCCAUCCCUAGAUCAGUUUCCACCUAUCUUGGACUGUCCAGGAUGCAAUCUCAAUUAAUAUGAUGACAGUUAAAAAUAUUUCACUAGAAAAGGAUAAGGCAGCAGCUAAACCACCCUAAAGUAGUCUAUCUCGCCAGGUGCCUACUUCUUUAUAAUCAGUCAAGUAUUAGAACACCUGUACUGCUCGCUCACACAGAAUGUAACUGGGAGGAAAACUUAAUUCUAACAAGCUGGCCUUUCACCGAGAGUUCAUGAGAUGCAAUGGUAUUCACAAGGCUUGCAUCGAGAAUCUCAACCUGCUUUGAAAGUUCAAAAGAACUUAAUGGCAAAAGUUCAUCCUGCCAUUGGGAUUCUAGAUUAUGACCUGCUCGUUUUUCUUCCUGUUCUGACAGCAGCACAAAAUUCUGUCCUAUAUUUCUACAACUUACUAACCCCAAGUACACAAAUCUCACUAUACAAAAGGGUGGUCCCUUAUACAGUAGGCAGAUGCUAAUACCUGAGAGGAGAAAAGAGAAUUUGGAUGGGAGUCCUGAAAGGGAAAUUAUGUUUGACAAAUCUGUUUGAAUAUUAGAUGGAUCUCAUUUGAUGGAAUGAGAUCCAGUGGAUGUGGUGCAUUUGAAUUUUCAGAAUACUUUGGAUAAAUUUCCACACAGGAGAUGAGUAAACAAAACUGGGGACAUGGACUGGAGGGGGAAGGGGUUAAAUAUACUGGAAUUUAUUGAGAAUUACUUAACGGAUGUAAAACAGUGGGUAGAAAAAUCAAGUCAUUCUCAGGAUGGCAGGCGGUUAUUAGUGAAGUAACGCAAAGAUCAGUGCAGGGCAACAGCUAUUCACAGUCCAUAUAAAUGAUUUGGAUGUGUGUACCAAAUAUAAUGUUUGCAAGUUUUCUGAUGGCAAAAAAAAAUGUUUGGAAUGUAAGUGUGAAGAAGAUGCAAGGUAGUUUCAAGAGGACUUAGCCUAAGUGAAUGGGCAAGAACAUGGUAGAUGGAAUACAAUGUGAAUAAGUGUGAAGUUAGACAUUUUGGUGGAAAAGAAAACAGAAAAACAGUACAUCUUAAUAGUGAGAGGUUUGUAAAGUGCCGAUGUCCUUCUUCAUGAAUCAAUAAAACUUAGCAUGCAGGUGCAGCAAGCAAUUAGAAAAGCAAAUGGUAUGUGGGCCAUCUUUGCAAUGGAAUUUGAAUAAAAAAAGAGUAAAGAUGUCUUGCAUUAAUUGUAUGUAGCCUUCAUUAGACCACACCUGGAAUACUGUGUACAGUGUUGGUCUCCUUAUGUAGGAAUAUAUUUGCCAAAGAAAGACUGCAAGAGAGAGGUAUACCAGCCUAAUCCCUAGGUAGGCAAAGAUUGCUGAAACUGGGCCUUUAUUUUUCUAUAUAUUAUGAGAAUCAGAGGUAAUCUAAUUGAAAUUUAUGGAACUCUUAAAAACCCUUGACAGGACGGAUGUAGAUAGGAUGUUUCUCCUAGCUGGUCAGUCUAGAACAAGAGGACUUAAUCUCAGAAUGAGAGGUAUGCGUUUAAAACUGGAAUGAGGAGGAAUUUCUUCACUAACAGGAUGAAUUGUUGAAAUUGUCUAGGCGAGAGGGCUGUGACAGUUCAAUCAUUGAGCAUGUACAAGGCUGAGAUCGGUAGAUUUCUGGAGAUUAAUUACACCAAGGGAUAUGGGGAUAGCACAGGAAAGUGGCAUUGCAGUAAAUGAUUGGUCAUAAUCUAACUGAAUGGUGGAGCAGACUAAAUGGGACAACUGGUUUCUUCUUCUCCUUCUCCUGUGUUCCUGAAGAAAUUUAGAACCAUCUUAUUACACUGUCUGCCAAAAUUGGAAUAAACAAAAAGGCAAUUUCAGAACUCAUUAAAUGACAAUAUCAAUACAGCAGAAACCCAGAAAUUGACUCGCAGACUUUAAUUUGCUGCAUUAAUUGGUUUAUGCAUAAUUUACAGUAAAUAAUUUACCUUGUAGCACUUGUUUCUACUUUUUCAGCUUUAAGCCAUAGCUACAGUUGUCCAUUAGGAACAAUGUGGUUUUGGUGUACAUUAUGAAAAGGCUGAUGAUAAUACAGUACGUGAAGGAGUAUGCAUGAUAUCUGGUACCAUACAAAAGGCACAAUCAAAUUUUCACUAUAUGGGAUGGCAAUGGAAACUGUAUUUCGCCAGACAUCAUACUCUCCAUGCUAUCAGUUAAACAGUUAGUUCAUGCACAUUACCACAUUUUUGCUGAAUUAAUGUAGUUAACAAAAUGCAGACUACAAAGAAAACAAUGGAUCCAACAUUUAAACCUAAAUUAUUUUAAAUACCAUUUAGCACCUAAGUACCCUCCUUCACAACACUAAAAAUAUUAGAGCCACCACUUAAUCAAUCAUCAGUUUUGAUUAUUACCCUGUACAUUGUUAGUGUUAUGCCUGCACCUAUUGAUAAUCGUGGUAUUGCAAAAUUUGUGAAAGGGAAUUGAAAGCCUCAGUCGCAAACAAUUCAUAUUAUUUUAUCUUAUUUGGUAGUAAUGCUGUGUCCAGCAUCAAUUGUUUGUCCCAACAUUCUUCCAAGUCUUUUCACCCACUGAAGCUAAUAUUGAGAUUUUGCAUAUUUAAUUUUUAUUGCAAUUAUACACUGUAAAUUAAAGACAUGCUUUGAAUGUAGCCCUGUUAAUUCUGGAUGUACAAUAUUUAUAGGAUUAUUUUGUAAUGUGGUAAUUUUUAAAUUUCUAUUGGAACAUGUUGCAUUGCAAUAUUAACUAUUCAAUGAGGUUAGUAUUCUUAUGAUUUGAUAUAGAACCCUAAUACAAAUCUAAAACAACCCUUACAACAGAACUGUGGGGUUUCGUAGAGCCUCAUAAUCAGAUCAACAAUAUAUAAAGCUGGCUGUGUACUCUGGCAACUGCCACUGUGUGUGCUUGGACACAACACAGACCUAACCUUGCAUAAUUUAACUGAGCUGUGGGCCUCUGUCAUAAAUGUAGAGUGCUAACAGUCUGCAAAAGGCAUGGUGCAGGUGCAUAAGGCAGAAGGAUGGUGGGGAAGGUAUGGUUACAAUAUUUAUAGGAAUUGUGUGAAGACACUAAGCAAGCAUUAUGACAUUUUCAUUGGUAACAUUUUAAUGAUGAUUUCUCUUUCAAUGCCUAAUUGAAUGGGCACUGCUCCAGGCACAUUAUUAGAUAAUCAUCGAAUAUGACAACUUCAUAAACUUUCUCAAAAUUCUUCAGUUACCUGGAAAACUGAUUUAGGUAAUAAGACAUGAAAAUGCAAUGGAGACAGUGAAGGUCUUUGUAGCUGUCUUGGAAACUGUGUGUACAUAAAUGAAUAAUUAGCUUGUUUUCAGCAACACAAAGAGAAGCUCAGGAGACCAAAACUUGGCAACAUAAUGAUAGUUUGCAUAGCAGGGUUUCAGUAAGACUAUAUUUAAUGUUGAUUAUUGGACUGGAAUUGCAUAUGCUAGUCAGCAGUGACAAGGCCAGGGAUCAAAAAAAAGGAAGAAAUUGUAAUAUGUGCAUUUAAACACCUUUUUUUUACAAAAACACACUGCUUUCCCUUUUAAUCCCCAAAAUUAUAUGGUAACUGACUAUUUGUGGAAAGCUAUUUCUGUCAGGGACUUGAGUGAAUCCAGAAUUAUCUGAAACACUAGUAGAUUUUGCAAAUAUUGUUGUUUUAUUUAAAUUAUUAUUAUUUAGUAUUGCAUGCAGAGUACAUGAUUAAUUCCCUACCUUUUUGUGUUCUCUUUACCACCUGUUUAACCAGUUUGAAUCACUAAAUUCAACAUUUUUGUACUCUGUUAAAAAGCAAAACAGAAAAAUAAAUAAUUUGUAAAUAAUAAUGUACAGUUUGUAACUGUAAUGUUAUUCUGUCUCUGGUGGGAUAAGCCGUCUUGUCCUCGCACGUAAAAUUUAGAAUGUAUUGACCUAAAACAAGUUUUAAGUUAAUCUUUAAUUGGACAAUGUAUAUUCCUGUAAGAUUGCAUUUUUAUCUAAGGAAUGAUGUUAUUAAAAACUGAAAAUAAAUUAAAUUUCCUAA